AUGGCGGAGCAGGAGAACAAGCCCACCAUGGAUCCCACGCCGGCGGCUGUCGACGGCGCCGCCGACAACGACGUCGCCAUCGAGAAGGAACAGCUCCAGCACCUCGACCGGGCCAGCACAAAGGACGGCCCGCGGCCCUUCCAAGCCCCCGAGAUCAUCCGCAGCAUGAGCCCCGAGGACCGCGACGCGUUCGAGAAGAAGCUCGUCCGCAAAAUUGACCUUCGCCUGCUGCCUAUGAUCAUCCUCAUGUACAUCCUCAACUACAUUGACCGGAACAACAUUGCGUCGGCGCGGCUGGCUGGGCUCGAGGAUGACUUGAAGCUCAACGAAAGCGGCACGCAGUUUAAUACCGCCGUUAGUAUCCUGUUUGUGGGAUAUCUCCUCAUGCAGGUGCCGUCCAAUUUGCUCCUGAACAAGAUGGGAAAGCCUGGCAAAUAUCUCCCAGCCUGCAUGGCCGUCUGGGGCAUCAUCUCGACAGCCACGGCCGCGUGCCACUCAUUUGGUGGCCUGGUCGCGGCACGAUUCUUCCUCGGCUUCGUCGAGGCCGCAUACUUUCCCGGGUGCCUCUACUACCUGAGCUGCUGGUACACGCGCAAGGAGCUCAGCGUCCGCACGACGUACCUGUACGCCGGGUCCCUCAUCUCGGGUGCCUUCUCGGGCCUCAUCGCCGCGGGCAUCACGAGCAACAUGGACGGCGCCAAGGGCCUCCGCGCCUGGCGCUGGCUCUUCAUCAUCGAGGGGGCCAUCACCAUCGUCGUCGCCAUCGCGGCCUUCUGGAUCCUGCCCGACUUCCCGCGCACCACCAAGUGGCUUGACGAGAAAGAGACGGCGCUGGCCGCCUGGCGCCUCGAGGAAGACAUUGGCCAGGACGACUGGGUCAGCUCGGAGGAGCAGACGUUCUGGCAUGGCUUCAAGCUGGCGCUCGAGGACGUCAAGAUGUGGGUUCUGCUCGUCCUGCUGUUUGGCAACAUCUCGGCCGCAUCCAUCACCAACUUCUUCCCGACCGUCGUGGCGACGCUCAAAUACAGCAACGUCAUCACGCUGCUCCUGACAGCGCCGCCCUACUGCCUCGGCGUCAUCACCACGUUCGCAAACGCAUGGCACGCCGACCGCACGGGCGAGCGCUUCUACCACAUCACGCUGCCGCUCUGCCUCGCCAUGGUGACCUUCAUCAUCGCCGCCGCCACCACCAACACGGCCGCGCGAUACACCGCCAUGAUGCUCAUGAUCCCCGGGCUGUACAGCGGCUUCACCACCGCGCUGGCGUGGAUCAGCAACACGCUGCCUCGCCCGCCGGCCAAGAGGGCCGCGGCGCUGGCCUUCAUCAACGCCGUGGGAAACGCCACGUCCAUUUACACGGCGUACCUGUACCCCAAGUCGGCCAAGCCGGGCUACACCGGCGCCUUCAUUCACAACUGCGUGCUGUGCGCCGUGGCCAUCGCGGCUGCCUUUGUGCUGAAGCUCAUGCUGGUGAGGCUCAACAAGAAGCUCGACAGGGGCGAGCGCGUCGAGGGGGCCAUCAACGCCGCGCCGGGAGAGGCGGUCGAGCACGGCUUCCGGUUUCUCGUCUAG